UGUUUCGAUCGAUCUCAGAGUUCUCCCCUCAGAGUUUUCAGUCAUCUGUUUGCUCUUCAAAAAUUCAGUUCGGAUAGGAAACAAAUAACCAAAAAACACCAGUGAUGAAUGCAGCAUUGAAGGCCACGCCUUGCAUUGGGGUCAUGUGCAUCGACGUGUCAGUGCGGCUAGAGGCCCUCUAUGGAAGCAAGUGGCGCAGCUAUAUGGCCGCCUCCAAUGCGAAGUACUUGGAGGCCGCGGGAGCCCAUGUUGUGCCCGUCUGGAUUGGUCGCCAGCGCUCCUACUACGCUUCGCUGAUGAAUAAACUCAACGGCAUCCUCCUGCCCGGCGGGGCCAUCUUCGUCGAUGAGGCCGACGUCCAGUCGCGACCCGACCUGACCAAUGAGGGUGUGCGGAGCGCGGAAGUCAUUUACCAGCUAGCCAUGGAGCGGAAUAAGAAGGCGAGCGAUCCCGGGGGAUACUUUCCACUGUUCGGCAUCUGUCUGGGGAUGCAGCUGCUCCUCAUCAACGCAGCCCAGAGCUCGAAGGUGCGCACCAAGUGUCAGCUAAUGAAGAAGGCCCUGCCCGUGUGCCUCACUGAGGAAUUCCGAAAGUCGAAGCUCUUCAUGGACAUGCCGCACCAGUGCUACGCCUGCCAUUAUCACGGCUACUGCAUUACCCAGCAGAGCCUGAAGGAGUUUGGCCUGGCCACCGACUGGCAGGCCCUGGCCCUGCAGAAGGACCCUGUUGGCCACGAGUUCAUCAGUCUCAUCGAGCACCGGCGCUUCCCCAUCUUCGGCUCUCAGUUCCACCCGGAGCGGUCCGCCUUUGAGCAGCUCUACUCCCGCGAGGACACCAGCAGGGAGUCUCACUCCCGGGAGAGCAUUCAGCUGGCCGAGCGUCUGUGCAGCCGCUUCGUCGACGCCUGCCGCCUCAACAGGAACCAAUUCGCCAGCGCUGAGAGCAAGUCGCGCCAUCUCAUCUGGAACUUUCAGCCGGUGUUCAGUGGCCAGCACGAGAAAUCCAACUGGCUGCAGUGCUACCUCUUCGAGAAGAAUGUGGACUAUCCGGAACCAGACAAAAUUUAAAGUUUAAAUCCAAAACACUCGACCGCAUAAUAAUUUCAUCAAAAUUAUCUAGUAA